AUGUGGAACCUAGCAGAUGCCAAAGGUGUCUUCUCGGCGGAAGAACUUGAGCAGGCAAAGCUGCAACGUCUAAACGGGCUCGGGAUACUCAAAAACUUCCCAGAUAAAUGGGUGCCUUAUAUGGAAUUAAUGAGGAUCGAAAAGCCUAUAGGUACCUUGCUUCUCUUGUCUCCGUCGAUGUGGGCAAUCACUAUGGCUGGGUACAUGAGCGCAGCCCCACUAUUAUCCACCGUGUGGAUGCUUUCCGUGUUUGGUGUUGGUGCAUUCGUCAUGAGAGGUGCUGGGUGCACGAUUAAUGAUAUGUGGGACAGAAACUUAGACAAUAAGGUUGCAAGAACCAUAGAACGGCCAAUAACUUCUGGAAGAGUUUCCAUGAAACAAGCAUGGGUAUUUCUAUCUGCGCAAAUGCUUGUUGGAUUGGGUGUUCUUUUGCAACUUCCACUUGACUGCUUCCUUCUCGGUGCAUCGUCACUCCUUCUAGUCAGUACUUACCCUUUCUUCAAAAGAGUCACUUAUUAUCCACAGGUGGUUCUUAGCGCUUGUUUCAAUUGGGGAGCUUUAUUGGGAUUUCCAGCUAUGGGUGUUUGGAACUGGCCGGUCAUGAUCCCUCUUUAUCUCAGUGGGUUCUUCUGGUGUAUGCACUACGAUACAAUUUACGCACAUCAAGACAAAAAGUUUGACAUCAAAGCAGGCAUCAAAUCCACCGCUUUGGCGUGGGGCACCAAGAGCAAAACAAUCUUCAACGUUCUAAGUACUGCCCAGAUGUCUUGCUUCUUGACUAGUGGCUACUUGGCGGGAAUGGGCCCAUUCUUCUAUUUGGGCGCUGCUGUGGGUGCCUACAGAUUGUUCUCAAUGACCAAGAAAGUGGACUUGGAUAACCCUGCAAACUGCUGGUACUGGUUCAAAGAAAACAUUAAUACAGGCCACAUCUUUUGGCUUGGUAUUUUGCUUGAUUACCUUUGGAAAAUAUUCUUAUAA